AUGAACCGAGUUGUUUUCGGCAACGGAAUUUACGGAACGGCGCCCGCGCGUCUCCGAUAUUUGUUUCUAUUUGCCAUAGUCAGCGGGACGACCUUUAUAAUUCUAUCAUACCAUGAAUUUACAGACGAACAGUUUAAUUUUGAUUCGCAAGAUUUCUCAUAUGAAGACACAGGACAAGAACAGUUUACAAUAAGAACAAAAGGAUGCAGUAUCGCAGCUUUACACCCUCUAGAUCCCAGUGUACGGAAAUUCGUUAACUAUCCAGAUAGUGUCAAGCCCUGCCCAAAUGAAAAGACACCGUUGCUUGACAGCAAUCACACUCAUAUUUGGUUAAAAACAGAAAACGCAAGAUUUUAUAACGUUACUGGAAGACGUAAAAUAAAAUGCUGCUAUCGAUCGUUCUUUCGUCCUUUAUUAGUGAAAGAUGUGAGUUCGUCUAAUAUAGAUAAACGUGUAGAGUAUAGAAAAUGUCAAAAUUUUACGGACGUUAUAGAAGCACGUGAUGAAUUUGUUAACGUUAUGUGUUAUGAGGGUGCAAGAAUGGUUUACGAACAAUUCUUCUUAUUUGCUGUCGAUAAAGAAUUGUCGUCAAAUAACAAAGUGCAGGCCUCUAAAAAUAAUACAGAUUACAACGUUAUUGUAAUAGGAAUCGAUGCUGUUUCAAGACUUAAUUUUUACCGUACAAUGCCGAAAACUUUAAAUUUCUUAAAAGACAAGAAUGCAAUUGAAUUACAGGGAUAUAACAAAGUUGGGGAUAAUACAUUUCCAAAUCUAAUACCAAUGCUGAUGGGUAUCAGAGAGUCCGAAUUAAAGAAAACCUGUAUACCGAAUCCAAAAUUAACUUAUUUUGAUAGUUGCCCCUUCGUUUGGGAGUGGUAUAAGCAAGCCGGAUUCUAUACAGCUCUAGCUGAAGACAGUGCGAAUCUAGGAACAUUUAAUUACUUGAAAGAUGGAUUUAUAAGGUCACCAACAGAUUACUAUAUUCAUACCUUUAUUAAUGAAGCUGAAAAAAAUGUUGGCAAUAACAAAGAUUUUAAUUGCUUUUUAUGUAUGAAUAAUAAAUAUUUUUACACCGUGUUAUUAGAUUACAUUGAACACCUUCUAAUAAAGUUGAGAACAUCAAAAUUAUUUGGGUUUUUCUGGGAGGUAACAAUGAGUCAUGACUACUUAAAUUACCCAAUGGUCAUGGACCACUAUUAUGAAACCUUCUUUAAGCGUUUAGAUGCUCUAAAGGUUUUAGAUAAUACUUUUAUAUUUAUUGUAAGCGAUCACGGUAUAAGAUGGGGUAACAUACGAGCUACGAAACAAGGCCGUCUCGAAGAGCGUCUUCCAUUUGUUCAUAUUUUAGUGCCACCAUCAUUUAAAGAUAAGUACCGUGAAGCGUAUGUCAAUCUGAAAUUAAAUAGCCGGCGACUGACCACUCCAUUUAACAUACACUCAACUCUAAACGACCUCGUAGAUUUAAAGGUUAUAGAAAAUUCAAGUAUACAGUUACGAAAACAAGAGACAUAUUGGAAUGACCGUAAUAUAAGCCUUUUCCUACCUAUACCAUCAAAUAGAACGUGUUCAUUGGCUGACAUUGAUGACCAUUGGUGUACAUGCCAUCGUGGGCGAAAGAUAUCGAAAACAAGCACUGAAGCAGUAGAAGCAGCAGCAAGAAUUAUCGAAGAACUUAAUAAGCUUCUAAAUAAUUAUGAAAUGUGUGCCAAGUUAAAAUUAGCAGAAAUUGUAGAUGCAACUGAAAUGGAAGUUGGAAUUAAAGAGGAAAACGAAGUUAGUUGGAGAGAAUUUAUGAUUGUUAUUCGAACAAAUCCUAGUAAUGCCGUAUUUGAAGCCACAAUACGACAUGAUGGUCAAUCUUGGACCCUAAUUGGAACUGCCAGUCGUCUCAACUUAUACGGAAGCCAAAGCCAUUGUGUCAGUGACUCCCACCUUAAAUUAUACUGUUAUUGUCUUUAA